AUGAAACAGAUGAGCAUUCUACGUUUCACUUUUUUAAUGGUCUGCAUCAAUGCCAUGAUCUCCAAUGUCCUGUCGAAUCCAAGAACUGCACGGUCCGCUAGUGAUGACACCUUUGCAAAAAAAAUAGAGGAAGGCUAUAAGAUGCUUAAGAAUGGAUCGAACAUCAACGAAACAAUAGCGGUAGUCACGGAGUUACACAAUAUGGAAGAAAAAAUUGUCGAGCAGCUUCUUUCAUCACCAGAGGAGAACGCAGUUUUUUUGGAUGUGAUUAGGAACCAUACAAAGUUCGUAGGAAGGAAUCACACUAAGCCAGUAGAUGGCCGAACAAUCGAAGAAGUCAAUGAGGAGAACAAAGUUAACAUGGUUCUGUUCGAAGGCGACAUGAUUCUCACAAAAGAACAGGCGCAUCGGGUUAUGGACGAUUUGAAACACGAUGAAGCUAAACGUACAAAACGACAAGCUCAUCGCAAUGCUACAAGAUUAUGGCCGAAUGGAGUAGUUUACUAUUCGUUUGAUUCAAGUGCAACUGAUAUAACGAAGAGACUUUUCAAAAAAGCGUCGGAUGCUUGGAGUGGAGAUACCUGUGUUGAAUUUAAGGAGGAUGACAAAGCAUCGGAUAGAGUUGUCGUUCACGAGUCGCUUGGAUGUGUUUCACAUGUUGGAAAAGUAGGAGGAAAACAGAAAAUUUAUCUUGGUCAACUAUGCGAAUCGAUUGGAUACGUCGCACAUGAGAUCGGUCAUACAUUGGGUCUCCUCCACACGCAGUCAAGACCUGAUCGUGAUGAGUACGUCAGAGUCAUAGUGGAAAACAUUAGAGUGAGCAGAUUAGAGAAGUACUCAGUAUUGAUCAUUAAAAAGGAUUUUGUGCCGCAAUUCAGAGUACGAGGUGAAGACGUCGUCAACAACUACAAUUUACCUUACGAAUACGGUAGCAUCAUGCAUUACUCAGCAAGAAGCUACUUUAACCACAGUGCUUCAAUAUCGCAUGAACCUUCCGUUAUACCGUACGACGUGAACUACUUAGAAACUCUUGGAUCGUCGAUCAUCUCAUUCUACGAUAAACUUAUGAUAAAUCACCACUAUGGAUGUCUCGGUGAGAAAAAUAUCUGCCACUUAGAUACGUUUUCGACUCGUCGCCAUCUACAUGGUUUCUAUUGCUCUUUCUUGUAA